GGCCUACGUCAUAACACUGCGCUGAGCUGAGGUGGCUUUAGAGAGGUUGUUUCUCGGCAGCUCUCGUCAUGACCAAACUCGUGGAGUGGUUGCUCGGCGUGUCGCUGGUGGGCGCAGCGUGGGCGUUGGUCUCCUUCGACCUGCUGGACCUGAGCCUGCCGCAGACUUACAGAGAGGUGGCCUGGCCGAUGCCGCUGUACCUGCUGGUGUCAUUCGGCUGCUUCUCCCUGGCCACGGUGGGAUACAGGGUGGCCACCUUCAAUGACUGUGACGAGGCCGCGAAGGAGCUGAUGGAGCAGAUAAAAGAAGCCAAAGAGGACUUGAGGAAAAGGGGCCUGAAGAUGUAAAACUGUAGAUAAGGAGGACUGUGUAGGAACAUUUGAGAGACUAGAAAGGGAUGAACGGACGAGUUUUACACACGACCAAGCGCCUGUACAAAAAUAGAUCUUGUUUAGGAUGUGUGAAAUGUGUUGAACUACUACUUCGAAUUGGCACCUUUUUUUUUCUUGUUUCCAGCAGACGUGAUCAGAAUCAUACCAUCAUAAUGACCCGUCAUGCAGCAAUGUUUCUUCUUCAGGCUCGAUAAGAUAUUGAUCAAAUGUGCUUCGGGAAAUUAGAAAUUAACGGCCUGAUGGAUGUUCUCUGUGCUACUUAUAAGUGACAACACAGCAGUUUGCACUUUGGAGAUGCAUGUUUCGUAUUCUUACCAUUGAAAUACCUCUUUUAUGAAGUGAAAGAUAUUUAACAUCACAAGUUUGUUUGAAUCUGUUUAGCGGGUGCAUUUACUGAUUAACACACCCCAAACCAACGAAAACUGUAAACACAUGGUGAUUUCUUGUGUUGGUAUUUACACAGUUAAAUACCCCGAGAGUCACUGGUCAGCUAAAAUAUCAUCUGUAACAAGUUGUCGAUCAAUGAAAUGCCAACAAAUGAAACCAGAAGGUCACACUGGAACAAUAUCUCUAAAUACUGUGUGGAGAUGGUUGCUUCUCUGUAUGGACUAGAUUUGAUCUGUAAAGAAGUGUACAUGCGAUUGUCCAAUUUCAGACUUGUGCCCCGAGGCUAUUGCUGGAACUUAAUUAAAGUGGAGUCUAUUUUUCUUCAGUU